GGUCUAAUAUUAUUUCCUCUACAGAAGAGCGCCAAUAUUUCAUUUUGGGACAUGAUGAUGACAGACUGGAACAGCUAGGAAGAGACACUGUGUAGUUGAAAAAUCUGAUGAAAAAUGGAAUUUCUCAAAGAUUUGGCAGCCUCCUUAAGAAGUGCAAGGACUGUAGAAUUACCAAAGGAUCAAGAAUCAGCAUUUUACAUGCUUAUGUCCAUGAUCAUUGGCAAUCAACACAGAUCAGUGUCAGAACUUUUGUCAAACUCCAAAUUUGAUGUCAACUUUGCUCCUGGAAGAAGCCGUAGAAAUCUGCUCCACAUUGCUGCAAACACUGGAUCGUAUGAGUGUCUGGUGACCCUGAUAAAGAAGGGGGUGGAUGUCAACUGUCAGGACAUGUCUGGGUGUACACCGCUACAUCUGGCUGCCAGAAAUGGACAGAAGAGAUGUAUUAACAAGCUAUUGGAAUGUAAAGCAGAUGUCAACAUCAGAAACAAUGAAGGGUUGACUGCUAUACACUGGCUGGCUGUCAAUGGUAGAACAGAGGUUUUACACGAUCUGUUUGCGUACGUUCCUGACGUAGAUGUAGAGGAUGCACAAGGACAAACAGCAUUACAUGUAGCCUGUCAGAAUGGCCACAAAUCAACUGUGAUUUGUCUCCUGGACCAUGGAGCAGAUGCCAACAGACCAAAUCAUAAUGGAUGGACCCCCCUACACUUUGCCUGCAGUCAUGGUCAGCAUAACACUGCAGACAUUCUGUUGAGACGAGGAGCUAGGUUUAAUGCAGAUCAUUUUGGGAAAACUCCCCUGGAUCUUUGUUUACAGGGUGGGUUCAGUGAGACAUGCAGCAUCCUUCUACAGUAUUUACCAAAAUUAAUAGAGCAACUCAUCACCAGUGUCAGAAGUGAAAAGAUAAAAGAGGCAGAUUAUUUGAAGGUUCUAAUACAUGUCAGUUCUCGUGGUAAUGGAAUGGCUGAUAUAUUACUGACCAGAUUAUCAGAAGAGGCUUCUGUGAUCGGACACAACUUAUUGAGUGUUUCCAGCAACAUAGAAACCCAGGUAUCAUGUCUAUUAAGAAAUGUGAGAGUAUUAUGUAAAUUAUAUUCCCACAUCUACCAAUCGUCUUCCUCCUCGUCUUCAUCCAGCCAAUCAAAAGGACUGCAGGGAGUCACACGGGUGUCACCCAAAGCUAUAGAAGUGUUUGGGCCACUUGAGGCAUUAUGGCAGCUCCUUGCUGACUGGCUGUGUCUUUUAAGAGUGGAAUUCAAAAAAGAAGACAAAAAUUCAACAUCAGGGAAAACUCAAUCAGAAAAUUCAGACUCAGGGCAAAAAUCUCAGGAUGUUGAGAGUGAGAAAUCAGACGCUCAGAGUGAAGUUAUCACUGAGUGCAGUAAAGUGGUGGAUCCUAAACCUUGUGAUCAGGAGGGGAUCCUACAAAGUCUGUGUGUGGAUCAGGAUGUGGUGGGAGUCAUUCUGCCCAGGAUUUGUGGGGUCAUUCAUGCGUUUUAUAUCUGCUGUACCUGUCAACAUGGGCACCCACAAAUGACAUCUCCAAGAUUUAUAGAAUUUGUAUGUCAGCAUAAUAGAGAGUUAAAACUUCUUGUGGGAAGGAACCCUGAGAUUAUUUUUGACCAUUUCCACUUUCUCCUGGAGUGUCCAGAGUUGAUGUCUCAGUUUCUACACAUCAUCAGGUCUAGACCAUUUGAAUCCAGGAGACGUUGGUUCUAUGAUAAUUUGGACAGGGAGGGUUCUAGAGGAGAGAUCAUUCACUCUCCGCCAAGUGAUGAAGAUGUCCUUGUGAUAAGCAGAGAGAGGAUGUUUCACAGUAGCUGUGAGAGCCUGAUCAAACAGCCCUCAGACAAACUGAAGAAAGGUCUGGCUAUCAGAUUCCAGGGGGAAGAGGGAAUGGGGUCAGGAGUUGUACGAGAGUGGUUUGACGUUUUAUCGCGAGAAGUUCUCAAUCCAGACUACGCCUUGUUCACUCAGUCAGCUGAUGGUUGUACGUUCCAGCCCAACAGUAACUCGGCCAUUAACCCCGAUCAUCUGAACUACUUCCGAUUCGCAGGACAGACACUUGGACUGGCUCUAUAUCAUCAACAUCUCCUAAACGUUUACUUUACAAGAUCAUUCUACAAACACAUACUUGGUAUUCCUGUGAAUUAUACUGAUGUAGCUUCUAUAGACCCAGAAUAUGCAAAGAAUCUACAGUGGAUCCUGGAUCACAACAUUGACAACAUUGGACUUGACCUUACAUUUUCGGUGGAGACGGAUGUGUUUGGAGCCAUGCAGGAAGUGGAGCUCAAACCAGGUGGAGCCACCAUACCAGUGACAGAGAAAAAUAAGGAGGAAUACGUCCAGCUGGUGACGGAGCUCCGGAUGACCCGGGCCAUCCAGCCUCAGAUUGAUAGCUUCCUGUCCGGAUUCCAUGAGUUUGUCCCCCAGGCUCUCGUACAGAUGUUUGAUGAAUUUGAACUGGAACUACUACUGUCUGGAUUACCUGAGAUCAGUGUGGAGGACUGGAGAAAGUACACAGAGUACAGUGGAUACGAUGAAAACUCUCCUCAAAUACAGUGGUUUUGGGAAGUGGUAGAAGAAUUAGGACAACAGGACCGAGUUUUGCUGCUUCAGUUUACCACAGGGAGCUCCCGUGUUCCUUUUGGGGGAUUUUCUCGUCUGGGUGGAGGAGGGGGACCACAAAAGUUCACCAUCAGCCACAUCACCUACCAACCCCAGCUUCUCCCCACAGCCAGUACAUGCAUCAACCUUCUGAAACUACCAGAAUAUUCAACAAAAUCUGAGUUAAAGGAGCGUUUGAUGGUAGCUCUUCAGUGCGGAAGUCAAGGAUACACUAUGGCCUAGUCACUGACGUGUAAUGCAGCAAGAAUAUAGUCACAAGUCAUGUAAUGGAGCAAAAAUAUAGUCCCAAUACAUACUAACAAUUUCUGUCCCAGCUGUCCUUACUGUGGUAGCCAAAGAUAUAUGG